AUGGCGUCUUUCGCACCGGGACUGCGAAGGCUGGCCGUCCGCGCCUCGCCCUCGCUCUUUGUAUGCCGACAAUGCCAGCGCCAGCAGCCCCAAUGGCGCUCCUCCUCCCGAAUCCUCGACAUCGUACGAUCCCAGCAGACGACUGGCCAGCAGGUCAGAUGCUUCAACCAGACCAAGGCGCCGCUGAGCUUCAACAGCAACGUCGUUGCCGCCGAUAAGACCUCCUCCUCCACGAUCGCCCAGCAGGCCGCCGAGGCCACGACCAAGGACAACACCAAGAAGAGCGCCUGGCCCGAGACGAAUUCCAAGUCUGUCGCAUAUUGGCUCCUCGGUUCCGCCGUCAGCGUCUUUGGUAUUGUCGUCUGGGGCGGCCUCACACGAUUGAGCAUCACCGAAUGGCGUCCCGUAACCGGCUCCAUGCCCCCGCGCAACGAAGAAGACUGGGAAUCCGAGUUCGAAAAGUACCGCGCCUCCCCCGAGUUCAAGCUCCUCAACCCGCACAUGACCAUGGACGAGUUCAAGAAGAUCUACUUCAUGGAGUGGUCCCACCGCCUCUGGGGCCGCUUCAUCGGCAUGUCCUUCGUCCUCCCCACAAUCUACUUCGUCGCCCGCCGCCGCGUCACCCCCAAGAUGGCCCUCAACCUCGCCGGCAUCUCCGCCCUCAUCGGCUUCCAGGGCUUCAUCGGCUGGUGGAUGGUCAAGUCCGGCCUCAAGGACGACCUCUUCGCCCCCGGCUCCCACCCCCGCGUCUCCCAGUACCGCCUGACCGCCCACCUGGCCACCGCCUUCGUCUGCUACUCGUGGAUGCUCGUCUCGGCCCUCUCCAUCCUGCGCACCCGCCGCCUCCUCGCCGACCCCGUCGCCGCCCACAAGGCCCUCGCCGCCCUGCAGAACCCGGCCAUCCGCACCUUCCGCCGCCUCUCCUUCGCCCUCGUCGCCCUCGUCUUCACCACCGCCAUGUCCGGCGCCCUCGUCGCCGGCCUCGACGCCGGCCUCAUCUACAACGAGUUCCCCUACAUGGGCCUCGGCCUCACCCCGCCCGCCAAGGAGCUCUGGGACAAGUUCUACUCCCGCAAGGACGACGGCUCCGACCUCUGGUGGCGCAACAUGCUCGAGAACCCCAGCACCGUCCAGCUCGACCACCGCAUCCUCGCCAUGACCACCCUCACCGCCAUCCUCUCCCUCUUCGCCUACUCCCGCACCCGCCGCGUCGCCGCCGCCCUCCCCAGGGACGUCAAGAAGGGCGUCCUCGGCACCGUCCACCUCGUCCUCCUGCAGGCCGCCCUCGGCAUCAGCACCCUCAUCUACAUCGUCCCCACCCACCUGGCCGCCACCCACCAGGCCGGCGCCCUCGCCCUGCUUACCGGCGCCCUGGUCCUCGGUCACCGCCUGCGCGUGCCCAAGUCCACGCUCGCCCUGAUCCAGAAGCGGAUCAAGGCGAUGAACAUCAAGCCUUAA